AUGUCGGAGACGGCGCACCGGGUGAGGACCUUGCGGGCGGGCGGGAGGGGCCACGCCGGUGUGCUCCGUCGUGGCGACGCCGUGGUGAAGCGCAGUGCGACCUGCACGCUGCCCAUGGACGCUGACGAGGUGGAGCUCUCUGUGGGGGCCCGCGCGCACGACCCGCACGACCCGCGCGACGCCGAGGCCAUCGCGCUGAUCCUGCUUAGCCGCGGCUGGCGGGUGGAGCGGCUGCGACUGCUGGGGGAGGCGGGCCUCUCGCCGUGUGUGUUUGCGUCGAAGCUGGAGCGGGGCAGCACUAGCGAGAGGGCGCAGCGGGUGAGGGAGGGGAGUCUUCGCCGUGCCCUGGCCCAGCACAAGGGCACCACGAGCUGCAUCUCCGGCGUGUCUGCGGUCCGUGACG